GUCAGGAAUCAGCAGCCAAACAGCGCCGCGGCGAACUGCUGGAUAUUCAGAUACUCGGAGAAGAGUUUAAACACAGACAGUUCUGACUCUCCGAGAAAAAGACUACGAGAGGAAUAAAGGUGUUAAACAGGAGGAGGAAGAAAAUGGCUGAAUCCUCUUCACAACAGCCAAGAGAAGACAGUAAGAGCAGCACUGAUAGACCACCAUCAAGUUUUGCUCCUGACUCCAGCGGUCUCCUGUCUGAAGUUCAGUUCCUGUGUUCUAUCUGUCUGAAUGUGUUCACUGAUCCAGUCUCCACUCCAUGUGGACACAACUUCUGCAUGAAAUGUAUUAAAACAUGCUGGGGUGACAGUGAGCAGUGUCACUGUCCAUUCUGUAAAGAGAAAUUCACCAAGAGACCAGAACUCAAGGUCAAUACAGCAUUCAGAGAGGUUGUAGAUCACUUCAAGAAGAAAAGUGCUCUGGAUAAACCUGAGGUUCUUUGUGAUGUCUGCUCUGGAGUGAAGCAGAAAGCCCUGAAAUCCUGUCUGAAUUGUGUUGUGUCUUUCUGUGAACCUCAUUUGAAACCUCAUUAUAUUGUUUCACAAUUUAAGAAACACAAAAUAAUCGACCCAGUGGAGAAUCUGCAAGACUACUUAUGCCAGAAGCAUGAGAGACCCCUGGAGCUGUUCUGUAGAGAUGACCAGACAUGUGUGUGUCUGUUCUGCAUUGAAGGAGAUCACAAGCAUCACAACACUGUUCCUAUAGAGGAGGAGAGUGUAGAGAAAAAGACACAGCUAGAGAAGACACAGACAGAGAUGCAGCAGAUGAUCCAAGACAAACUUAUGAGGACAGAAGUCAUCAAGUACUCGAUAGAGCUCAGACAAAGAAACACAGAGAAAGAGAAAGCAGACAGUGUUGAAGUCUUCACUGCUCUGAUCCGCUCCAUUGAGAGAAGCCAGGCUGAGCUGCUUGAGGUGAUGGAGGAGAAGCAGAAAGCAGCAGAGAGGCAGGCUGAAGACCUCAUUAAAGAGCUGGAGCAGGAAAUAACUGAGCUAAAGAGGAGAGACACUGAGCUGGAGCAGCUCUCCCACACUGAGGACCACCUCCACCUCCUACAGAUUUACCCAUCACUGUGCAGACCUCCACACACCAACAACUGGACUGACAUCAGUAUUGACCCUCAUCUGAGUGUAGAGCCUGUGAAGAACACUCUGCAUCAACUUCAGAAGAGUCUGAAUAAGAGACUCACUGAAACUAUUAAUGAGAAGAUCAGAGAAUCAGUCUCAAUAGAACUGAAGAGGAUUCAGCGGUUUGCAGUGGAUGUGACUCUGGAUGCUAAUACAGCUCAUCGUCAACUCAUCCUGUCUGAUGAUGGAAAACAAGUGAGAGAUGAAAACAGAAAAAAGAAGCUUCUUGACAACCCAACAAGAUUUAAAUAUCACCCCAUGGUCCUGGGAAAGGAGGGAUUCUCCUCAGGGAGAUUUUACUAUGAGGUGCAGGUCAGUGGGAAGACUGACUGGGAUUUAGGAGUUGUCAGAGAGUCCAUUAACAGGAAGGGAAAGAUUACAAUGACCCCACAGAAUGGAUUCUGGACUGUGAAGUUGAGGAAUGGGAAUGAGUAUAGAGCAUGCGCUGAUCCCUCAGUCCUCCUCCCCCUGAGAGAGAAGCUCCAGAAGUUGGGGGUGUUUGUGGAUUAUGAGGAGGGUCUGGUCUCAUUUUAUGACGUGGAGUCCAGAUCUCAUAUCUACUCUUUCACCGUUCAGUCUUUCACUGAGAAACUCUAUCCGUACUUCAACCCCGGUCUAAAUGCUAAAGGUAAAAACUCAGCUCCACUGAUCAUCUCACCCGUAUCAAAGAGAAACACAGAGAAAGAGAAAGCAGACAGUGUUGAAGUCUUCACUGCUCUGAUGCGCUCCAUUGAGAGAAGCUAGGCUGAGCUGUUAAAAACGAUGGAGGAGAAGCAGAAAGCAGCAGAGAGGCAGGCUGAAGACCUCAUUAAAGAGCUGGAGCAGGAAAUCACUGAGCUAAAGAGGAGAGACACUGAGCUGGAGCAGCUCUCCCACACUGAGGACCACCUCCACCUCCUACAGAUUUACCCAUCACUGUGCAGACCUCCACACACCAACAACUGGACUGACAUCAGUAUUGACCCUCAUCUGAGUGUAGAGCCUGUGAGGAACGCUCUGUCUCAACUUCAGAAGAGUCUGAAUAAGAGACUCACUGAAACUAUUAAUGAGAAGAUCAGAGAAUCAGUCUCAACAGAACUGAAGAGGAUUCAGAAGGUUGCAGUGGAUGUGACUCUGGAUGCUGAUACAGCUCAAAUAUAUCUCAUCCUGUCUGAUGAUGGAAAACAAGUGACACAUGGAAACAGAAAACAGAAGCUUCCUGACAACCCAAAGAGAUUUAAUAGAUGUGUCUGUGUCCUGGGAAAGGAGCGAUUCUCUUCGUGGAGAUUUUACUAUGAGGUCCAGGUCAGGGGGAAGACUGACUGGGAUUUAGGAGUGGCCAGAGAGUCCAUUAACAGGAAUGGGAAGAUUACAUUGAGCCCACAGAAAGGAUUCUGGACUGUGAUUCUGAGGAAUGGGAAUGAGUAUAAGGUGUGUGAUGAUCCCUCAGUCCCCCUCAUACUGAGAGAGAAGCUCCAGAAGGUGGGAGUGUUUGUGGAUUAUGAGAAGGGUCUGGUCUCCUUUUAUGAUGUGGAGUCCAGAUCUCAUAUCUACUCUUUCACUGGUCAGUCUUGCACUGAGAAACUCUAUCCAUACUUCUGCCCCUGUAUUAAUGACGGAGGUAAAAACUCAGCUCCACUGAUGAUCUCACCCGUAUCAAAGACUGAAUAGAUACAGUAUUUGACAGUGACUGCAAUGAGAACAGCAGAUAAAAACACACUUUAAGGCAAAAUAGUCCCCAAAUUAAGCAUAAUUUUUUCCAGACUUUCCACUAUUUUACCAUCAUAAACUUUACCUAUAAAACUCAGAAGACAUGUAGGAACCUGAUGUAUGUAGGAACUGAUGGCUAUAUUUAUGUUGUGAUAUCAUGACCCCUGGUUCCUAUCACUACCACUGUAAAGAAAAGUGAAUCAGUAAUUUUCUUUAGAACAGAGCAUUUACAUGAUACCUCUCUGAAUGACUUUAUUUACAUCUUAACCCCUGAAUUAUUAGUUUGGGAAUCUGUGGAAUUCCCUUUAACUUUAAAAAAUAAACAAUUUCUUUCUUCUUUUCAUUGAAACAUAAAUCCAUUUGUAUGCAAAAGUUUGGACACCCCUGGU